AAGAUCCAACAAGGAUGAACAGUAUAAUAACGCUUUGUGCGAUAUUACUAUUGCCUAAUUUCGGAUAUAGUGCAUCUACUCCAGAAUGGUGGCAGUCAAUGUCUCUUUAUCAAAUUUAUCCUAGAAGUUUCAAGGAUAGUGAUGGUGACGGUGUCGGAGAUCUUAAAGGUAUCAUAAGCAAAUUGGAACAUCUCAGUGAAUCAAAUGUUGAUGCUUUCUGGUUAUCUCCGAUUUAUCCUAGCCCGAUGGUUGAUUUUGGUUACGAUAUUUCUGAUUUUGUCAGUAUCGACAAAACAUUUGGCACUAUGAAGGAUUUUGAGGUACUCGUAAAAGCCACGCAUGCUGCAUCAAUGAAGAUUAUUAUGGAUUUUGUUCCUAAUCAUUCGUCGGAUCAGCACAAAUGGUUCCAAAAAAGUUUACAAAGCAUAAAACCUUACACUAACUAUUACAUAUGGCAUAAAGGCAAGGUGCUACCAAAUGGAACGGUUACAGUACCGAAUAAUUGGGUGAGCGUGUUUGGUGGAUCAGCAUGGACUUGGCAUGAAGAACGAAAAGCGUAUUAUUUUCAUCAAUUCGCACCACAACAGCCCGAUCUCAACUAUGAGAAUGAGAAUGUAGUGAAUGCAAUGAAGGAUGUCAUGAGAUUUUGGCUCGACAAGGGCGUGGAUGGCUUCCGGGUGGACGCGGUGCCACAUUUGUGUGAGGACGUCAGAUUCUUGGACGAACCACUCACUGGUAAUUCAAAUCCUAAUGACUACGGCUACACGCACAAAAUAUACACGAAGGAUCUUCCGCAUACCUACGAAGUAGUCAAAGGAUGGCGAGAAGUGUUGAACGAAUAUUCAGAUGAAAAAGUUAUGAUGAUCGAGGCUUACGCGAACAUGACGAUGACGAUAAAGUAUUAUGUAUACGGCGCACACUUUCCCUUUAAUUUUGGUUUUAUUACCGAUACGAAUCAGGAUUCUAAAGCAAUUGAUUUCAAGAGAUUGAUUGAUAGAUGGAUGGUAAACAUGCCUGUUUUGAGAGCAACUGCUAACUGGGUGGCAGGAAAUCAUGACAAACCGCGAUUGGUCACUCGUUACGGACGAUAUCGAGCGGAAGUUAUAACCAUGAUAACUUUACUGCUUCCUGGAGUAGCUGUAACUUAUAACGGGGAUGAAAUCGGCAUGGAAGACACGUGGAUCUCAUGGGAAGACACCAAAGAUCCGCAAGGUUGCAAUGCCGGCAAAGAUGUUUACGAGAAAGCAUCUCGAGAUCCCGCAAGAACGCCAUUCCAAUGGGACAACACCACUUCGGCUGGAUUUUCCACGAAUCAGAAAACGUGGCUGCCGGUGAACAAAAAUUACGUGACACUUAAUUUAGCCGCGCAAAAAGAACAGAACAACUCUUAUAAUGCUUUGUAUAAAGCAGUUUCUGCUCUGCGAAAAUUGCCUGUGGUUAAACGUGGAGCCUUAACCACGACAUUAUUGAAUAAUGAUGUUUUCGCUUUUAUUAGGAAAAUUAAUGGAGAGGUAAUUUACGUAGUGGCAAACUUUGCAAAUGAAGAAGAAACCGUUGAUUUAUCAACGCUUGUUUAUGCAUCAAGUCAAUUAAAUGUUUAUUAUGCCACUACUAAUGCUCAUCAUCUCAUCGGAAACAUUAUCAAAGAUGUUCAUGCCGUAAAAAUUCCUGCAUCAGGAGCUGUGAUACUAACCCCAUAGUGAUACUAGCACCACAUAAAGCUAGGUAAAAAGCCAUGAAAAUGGGUAUUCAAUUGAAGUACCAUAUUUUGUCAACGUAAUUAUAUCUAUAU